CAUCCUAUUCCUAUAUAGCUCAAAAUCAAAGUAAUAUCCACCUGACUCCUGAUCGGGUAACACGUGCAGUACUUGUGGGAGUCGAGAGCAUCAACCUCCUCUUUCUCUAUGGCUGUCCAUCCUCCAUUUUCCAGUAAUGGAUGGCUUGUCUACUUUAGAUAAAACCUUAUUUCUUUUCCUCUUUUGGGCUCAAAGGGGAAAAAGCCCUAAUACAAUCUCAUAUCCAACAACAACAAAAAAACCCUAGAAAACGAGUAUAAAAGCCUCUGAAUGUUUUAGCUGCUCAUUGUUCUUGUGGAGGAAGAGAGAGAGGGAGGAAAAGAUGCAGAUAUUUGUGAAAACCCUAACUGGCAAGACCAUAACUCUCGAGGUCGAGAGCAGCGAUACCAUUGACAACGUCAAAGCCAAGAUCCAAGACAAAGAAGGAAUCCCACCGGACCAACAACGUCUCAUAUUCGCCGGAAAACAGCUCGAAGAUGGCCGUACCUUGGCUGACUACAACAUCCAGAAAGAAUCAACACUUCAUCUUGUUCUGAGGUUGAGAGGUGGAAUUAUUGAGCCUUCUUUGAUGGCUUUGGCUCGCAAAUACAACCAAGACAAGAUGAUUUGCCGCAAGUGUUAUGCUCGUCUGCAUCCAAGAGCCGUGAACUGCCGCAAGAAGAAGUGUGGUCACAGCAAUCAGUUGAGGCCGAAAAAGAAGAUCAAGUAGACACUGACUAGUGUUAUACUGUCUGCUUUAAAAGAAAUUGAAUGUCAGACUAGGAAAAUAUUUCCAUUUGGUUCUUUUGCUAUUAUUCUAUUUUGUUAAGAUUUUGUUUGUGGGUUCCGGAUUUGAUGUUCCAAUGUAUGUUUGGACAAUCUUAUGUGUUUUGUCUUGGAAAUUUUAAGAACGCUAGUUUUAGAAGUAAUUUUUAAAAA